GAAGGCCUUAUUUGGCCUAAAAAUGAGAGGGUUGUGCUCAACUUAAACUCAGAAGAGUCCGGUGGUGCCGUCCAACUCGAACCCCAACCCCACUGUAGUCGUCACUCUAAUUUAUUAUGUACUUUCUCUGAUAAACAAAAGCAACUGGGACUCCUAACCCGAAUCAUUGCUAUAGUGUGCCAGACCAUGUGAUGUGGCCUCUCUUUGACAACCUGUUCUUCUUGUUUUGUGGUAGCUGUUCAUCAUCUUCUUUCUUCUUCUUCCCCAAAGCUCACUUAGCUUUCUUUUAGGGGUUGUUGCCAGCCAUAUCAUUCCUUUUUCACCUUUCUGUUUUAGUAUCCCUGCUAAACUUGGACCUCUAAGCUACUGGAAGUCGAGUGAUCACCAUCUCGGAGUUGAUUUCUGAUGGCUACUGAAACCGUUUUAACACCUCCGAUUGCUACUACUGAUGAAAAGCAUGUUGAAAAGAAGGUGAGUGAAGAGGAAAAGGUUAUUGAAGAAGGUGGCGUUCCUUUAACCAAAGAGAGCGGAGAAGAAAUACUUAAAACUGAUGAUUCAAUAUGUCUAGAAACACCACCUGAAUCUGAAGCUGUCAUUCAUCAGAAGUUCGAACCUCCUGUAGUUGAGGCUGAGAAGAUUGAUGUUGCUCCUGUCUCAGACAUUCCAGUUGUAGGUGAAACAAAGGCUGGGGAUGACCCCAUUCCUGAUAUUCUAGAGCAGGUUGUUUUGGCUGAGAAGAAUGCUGAUGCUGCUGUCUCAGAUGUUUCACUUGUAGAAAAAUCACCUUUGAUUGACCCCAUUCCUGAUACUCCAGAGCAAGUGGUUGAUGUUAUGAAGAUUCCCGAAGAGGUUAUUGAGAGUUCAACUGUGUCUGUAAUAAGAGAAGCACCAACGGAACCAGCUCUAGAAAUCAUAGAGGAAGGCCAAGUAGAACAAACUAAUAUAGUUGAUGCUCCUCAAUCAUCGUAUGAGGCUAUCGAGAAAACAGAAGAACCUUUGCAGGUUACUACUGACAAAGAGUCGGUGGAAACAGUACUAACAGAUAUUAAAGAGUCAGAACCGGAGUCUUUGAAAGUAGAGAAGCCAAAACUUGCUACUGCUGGAAUGGAGGAAAAGCCAGGAGAGCCAUGUGAAGUUACUGAAGAAGUUGAGACAAAGCAAGAGGAGGUUGAACUUGAGAAAAGUGUGCAUGAUGAAACAAUGAAAGAUGAAGGGUCUGCAGCUGAUAAGGUUGAAACUAUUUCAUUCUCGGAGAAUCAGAAAAGUGAUGCAGAGAACACACCUAGCCUACAAGUGGAGGAAAAGCCAGCAGAGCCAUGUGAAUUUACUCAAGAAGUUGAGAGAAAGCUUGAGGAGGUUGAACUCGAGAAAAGUGUACAUGGGGAAACAGUGAAAGAGGAAGGGUCUGCAGCUGAUAAGGUUGAGCCUAUCUCAUUCUCAGAGGAAGUGAAUAGUGAAACAUAUUACACACCUUGCCUAGAAGUGGACGAAGCACCAGAGCAAAGGAAAGUUGAAGAAGAAGAGAAAAUACAUGAUGAAGUUGGACCUGAAAUAUGUCUGAAGAAUGAUAUUGUGAAAGAUGAAGAUGUGAUCGAAGCUUCCUCAAUACUAGAAGAGGCUCAAACUGCUAAAGACUACGAACCUCAAGUCAAAAUUCCAGAAGAGAUUUUACUUAAUGGAGAUGGGAUAAGUUAUUAUCUACCUGACACCACGGAAGCACCUGCCUCUGAGGACCAAAAGAAGGAUGUAACUGAGGUUGAUGUGGUUGAUAAGCUACAAGAAGAGUCAGCAGUGGAGAUUGAAAAGGUUGGAGGAGAGGUUCUGGAAACUAAAGAGACUGAAAAGGAAAUUGCUGCAACUGAACCAAUCAAAGAGGAAGAGAAGGCAGGACUAAUUGCAAUUGAGGUAGUUGAGAAACCAGCAGAAGAGACAUCAGUAAAGCUGGGAACAGUAGGUGAAGAAAAUGUUGAGACUCUGGAGAUUGAAGAAAAGGUAAUGAGUAAUGUGGUAACCGAGGCAUCAACUCAACCAGUCGAAUCAGAUAAAAAGAAAGAACUGAGUGGAGUUGAUGUGGUUGAGAAGCUUGCAGAAGAGGAAUUAGUAAAGUUGAAAGCUGUUGGAGAAGAAAAUGUGGAGAGUCUGGAGAUUGAAGAGAAGGAAAAGAGUAAUGUCAUAACUGAGGAAUUAACGCAGCCAAUUGAAUUAAACAAAGAGAAAGAAUUGAGUGGACUUGAUGCGGUUGAGAAGCUUACAGAGGAGGCUGCAGUGGAAGUUCAAAAGGUUGGAGAAAAGAACGUGGAAAUUGAGGAUGCAAAGAGUGUUGUAACUGAGGAUACAAUUCAACCAAUUUUAGAGGAUGAACACAAAGAUCUAACUGAGAAUGACAUUCUACAUCAUGCUGAUGUAAUUGAGAAGUUAGCAGAUGAGACAGUGGUGAAGGUGGAAGAGGUUGGAGAAGAAAAUAUGGAUAAAAUUGCUGAAACUAAAGAGUGUGAAAAGAAAGAUGAGAUUAUUGAGGAUUCAAGCCAACCAAUUCUAGGGGAUCAAAAGAAAGAAGCAAGUGCGGUUGAUGUGGUUGAGAAGCUAGCAGAAGAUGUAAGAGUUAAAUUUGAUAAGGUUGGAGAAGCGAGCAAAACAAAGAAUGUGCAAUAUGAAGACAGUGAUAGCAAAAAUGUGCUGGACGAGGUUUUAACUCAACCAGAUAAAGCAGAUGUCAACAGCUACAUUAUUACUCCAUCUGAAGUUAUAGAAAAAUCCUUUGAGGGAGCUGAGAAAGAUAUUGAACCUGUGGCAGAGACUGAAAAGGCCGAACACAUAAAUGAUGAGACACCAGGUACCAUUGAAACCAAGAAAGAAGAUAAUGUAGAAGAGAAACAGGAUGAGGUCGCGAAAUUGGUUGCUGAAUCACUAGGAGAAUCCAAGCCAUCUGAGCCAGAGGUGAAAGGCGAUGAACCUGUGACAGUGGAGAAAACCAUUGAGAAUGUUGCAAAGUCUGAUAAAAAUAUAGAGCUUCCCACAAAGGAUGGUGGUGACACAAAGCCCUCUGAAGACCUGCAAAAUGAAGUUCCAGCUAAAACUUCUCAAAAACAAUCAAAUACCAUUUAUUCAAAGGUCAAGCAGACACUCGUGAAGGCAAAGAGAGUUAUUACCGGGAAAUCACCAAGCUCAAAAACCCCUGCCUCUGAAGCCAAGGAUGAUAUUAUAGUCAAAUAGCAGGAUGCAAUCAUAUAUUUGCAGACAUCCUUCUUUUGGUUUCCCUUAUUCUUGUGAUUCUUUUAUUGUUGUUGUUUGUUGGUUUUUCUGCUCACUCUCAGCUCUUGGCUUGUCUGUUGAUACUCAAAAGGGUGUGUGCGCGUGUAUAAUAUACAGAAGAAUAGGCUAUGCCAUA